AUGGCGAACCCAUUCAAAUUCGGAACGCCGACUACGACGAGCGGCGCUUCCGGCACCCCUACAACUUCGCUGUUUGGGCAAAACACUACAGGCUCGUCUGGAGGCGGUGGAAUAUUUGGCAAUGUUGGUUCAGCGCAGACAGCACCAGGCGGCUCCAAGCCCUUGUUUUCAACCGCUGCAUCUGGUCAACCUAGCUCUUUAUUCGGACAGGCCACCUCCACUACUCCGUCAUUUUCUCUGAAGCCCGCAGAUUCGUCGUCAACCCCGUCUCCGUUUGGCGCUGCACCAAACAAGGCUGCAGACCCUGCAACAUCAGGAGCGCCAAAAGCUGGAAGUCUCUUUGGAGAUUUUGGGAAGCCAAAAGUCACCUCAUCACCGUUCGGCAGUGCAACUCCAGCACCUACCGGCGGCGCUUUGUUCGGAAAUAUAUCAACAACUCCAGCAGGCCCACCUCCGGCAAGCUCUGCUGGCAAGGCACCAUCUCUUUUUAGCCAACCUUCACAGAGCACUACCGCACCCGCCAGCCUCUUUGGAGCUAAGCCUACCCCAACUACCACAGCGGCAUCAACGGCACCUGCGACUGCCCCAGGUUCUACAUUAUUCGGUGGAGCUGCUACAAAGGGGCCCAGCACGGCUAUGUUUGGCUCAGGCACACCUUUCGGUCAAGCUCCUGGAGAUAAGGAAGCUGUUAAUACCCAGGCACCCAAAGCGGAUCCGAAACCAAAUCUGUUCGGUGGUCCUGCAGCCACACCCUCUACUGCUCCACAAUCAGGAGGGUCUUUAUUUGGAACCCCUACUACUACUACAGUAGAAAAACCGGCACAGAAUCUUUUUGGAUCUACCCCCUCAGGAGCACUCACUACGACUCGCCCGGCCACUGCUGGUAACCUGUUUGGGCAGGCUGCUCCGAAAACAUCUAGUGCAAAUGAAACCAUCGCAGCGCCGGCAGCAACGACAGCGCCACAAGCCCCAACACCGUCUUUAUUUUCCGCCCCCAAACUUCCUGAUGCUACAUCAGCUGCACCCAAACCUGGAGCUCCUGCAGCAGCUGCUGCUGCGCCCGCCACAAGCAUACCGCUCACUACCACUGCCCCGAUUACUGCUGCCGCUGGAGCUACAGUUGCUCCGUCUACUGGCGUAGCCGCCACGGCUAGUACCACAGCACUAGGUGCUUCCACUGCGGGACCUGUCCCCUUGGCACAAUCCCGGUUAAAGAACAAAACCAUGGACGAGAUCAUCACCCGAUGGGCUACGGAUUUGACAAAAUACCAGAAAGAGUUUCAAGAGCAGGCUGAGCAAGUUGUAGAAUGGGACCGCAUGCUGGUAGAAAACUCGUCAAAAGUUCAAAAACUGUACGGAAAUACGGUGGAUGCGGAGAGAGCUACGCAAGAAGUCGAACGGCAGUUGGCCGCCGUUGAAGGGCAGCAAGAAGAACUUGGCUCUUGGCUCGAUAGGUAUGAACAAGAGGUUGAAACACUGCUGUCUAAACAAGUUGGAGUUGGAGAUUCGCUCCAAGGGCCAGAUCAAGAACGAGAGAGAACCUACAAACUUGCGGAGCGCUUGUCUGAACGGCUCAAUGAUAUGGGUCAAGACCUGAGUAGCAUGAUAGAAGAAGUCAACUCUGCAUCCGCAAAUCUGAGCAAAACCACAAAAUCAGACGAGCCGAUCUCCCAAAUUGUUCGCAUUCUCAAUUCCCACCUCUCGCAGUUACAGCUUAUCGACCAAGGAACCGCAGCAUUACGUGCAAAAAUUAGCUCGACGCAGCAAUCUGGCUCUUCACUGAGCGGACUUCAAAGUCAGUAUGGUGGAACGCCUGGCAGUGUAAGUGGAGGUGCCGCUGAAGACUUCUAUCGCGUGUAUAUGGGCCGACGGCGAUAA